UUUCUGUUUAUCUAGUCACCAAAAUGCUGCGAAGUGUAAAACUCUUAACCCUGCUUCUGGUCGCCUUUUGCAACGCUUCCCCGGCGCACCACCAUGCACUUUCCCGGCUUGCCGCUUCUGCGAAUAAACUUUCAGGUGAAGUGUUACCCACUAGUUACAACCUCAAGAUCCGCGUGGAAACAGAUUUUGCAACCACGAAUUCGUACACUGGGACUGAAGUCAUAACACUAAACGUUAAAGAAAUUUCCAACCAAGAUUCGUCUUUUCAACUGCAUGCCAAAGAAUUAAAUUUGACGACGGUUACUCUAACUAAAGGAACAAACGAGACUAGUAUUACUUUCUCGCAGCCGGAUCCAGAAACGGACUUGGUGACUAUAGUACCGGCAACAAAACUGGAAGCUGGUGACGAUUAUAAAUUGAACAUCGAAUUUGUGGGCUUUUUAAGCGAGACCAGCAUGGUCGGUUUUUACAAAAGCACCUACACUGACGAUUUCAAGCAAACCAAGUACAUUCUGGCCACCCAGUUCGAAGAAACUCACGCCAGGAAGGCUUUUCCAUGUUUCGACGAGCCAGAAAUGAAAGCUGUUUUCACAUUUGCAAUCACGUAUCCGCAAGGAUAUCAUGCUUGGUUCAACAACGCUGGAUCAACCCCUAAGACAGACACAACAGACGCUAACCUUGAAACCCUCACGUUUACUAAAACUCCUUUCAUGUCGUCGUACCUUGUGGCUUUCAUGGUAGGAGACAUCAAUUGCAAGGACGGAGAUGCGUUCAAUAAGAUCACUAUCCAGCUUUGUUCAAAAAUAAACGCAAUGGAUACUUCUGCGAAGACCGCUCUAGACGUGACUCCGCAUAUUCUCCAAACCAUGUCAGAUUUUACGAAUUAUACCUACAAGGACAUGAAGAAGCUAACUCUGGCCAGCAUUCCAGAUUUUGCACCUGGAGCCAUGGAGAACUGGGGUUUGGUUAAUUUCAGAGAGGAAGACCUCCUCUGGUACGAAGGCGAGUCAUCGAAUUACUACCAACAAAAAGUAGUAACAGUAUUAGCCCAUGAACUGUCCCAUCAAUGGUUUGGAGAUCUCGUCACCCUAGAGUGGUGGAACGAGAUGUUCCUAAAUGAAGGUUUCGCCACAUACUUUGAGUACCAUGCAGCUGAUGUCGAACAUCCAGACUGGCAGCUGCCCAAACAAUUCGUCAUUGAGCAACUCCAUCCAGCUCUGGAAGCAGAUUCGUACAGUUCCGCGUUACCUUUAUCUUAUGAUACCUCUGACGCCGAUUAUAGCAGCAGAACGAACGAUGUUUCCUACAACAAAGGUGGUAGUAUUCUAAGAAUGGUGCACCAUUUCCUAACUCUCGACAACUUCAAACUUGGUAUUAAGGACUACAUUAACAACCAUGUCUUGUCAACUGUUACUUCUGAAGCCCUUUGGACUGCGUUGCAAACUUACGUCAACAAGCUUCCAACAGCCGAGCAACCUCCAGAACUCUUGAACAUUACUAUGGAAAACUGGACCAAAAAACCUGGUUACCCGAUCCUCACGGUUAGCGCAAGCGGCGAUGACGUUAUCAUCAGUCAGGAACAAUUUAUUCUUGAUGGAGAAGGAGAAGGUACCACGUGGUACGUACCCAUCACCUACACCACUUCUGGGGAUAUCUCGGAAUUCGAAAAAACGGCGACUAAGGCGUGGUUGGUCCCUGGCGAAAACCUCACUCUGACUGGAGUGUUGACCGAUGCCAGCUGGAUCGUUCUUAACAAUCAGAAAGUUGGGUACUACCGUGUGAACUACGAUGACGCUCUUCUGGCGAAAAUUUCAAGCGCUCUAACAUCGAACGUGGAUGAUAUUGACGAGCUUACCAGAGCGCAGAUCAUCGACGAUCAGUUCACCCUGGCGAAAGCCGGGAAGAAGACUUACAACGAGGUCUUCGACUUUUUGAGUUUCUUGAAGAAGGACACUUCGUACUACUCGUGGUCUGCUGCUUUCAACGGUUUCGAAUACCUUCUACAGAGAACCGCAAAUAGUGACGUCCGGGAUGCUUUGAACUCGUUUAUUAAAAGUCUGAUGACAGAACUGUACACAUCGGUUCCCAUGGAGGAAGAACAUGCUGAUGACCAGAUAUAUACACUGAAACAAGUACUGGCACAUACCUGGGCUUGCAAAGUAGGCGACAGUAGCUGCAUUUCUACUGCUAGAAGCAAGUUCCUGGAUUACGAAGACUCAGCGGAUAACAAACCAAGUCCUAAUCUAAGAAGCAUUAUCUACUGCACCGGUCUACAACAAAGCGACAGUGUCAUGGACGAUUUUAGAUUUAUAUUGAACAAGUACAUGGAAACAAACAUGGCCACCGAAAGGAUUACGAUUCUCAAAGCUAUGGGAUGUGUAUCAGAUACGACUACGCGACAAAUGUACCUUAAUAUGAUUCUAGUUGAAAAAGAAGUAAAGCGUCAAGACGCACGCUACGUGUUCCAGUCCGUUUAUUCCAAUGGCGCUGAAGGAGUAACAGAUGUUUUAAAUUUUGUCAUAGACACUCAUGAACAACUGAAGGAACACUUCGGCGAUACUUCGACUGCAAGUUCGUUGCUUGUAACACUGGGUAGUUUUAUUACGACGCAAACUCAAAUCGACAAGCUGACAACAUUCAGUGGUACCGAAGGUUUGGACGACGAUAUCAGAAAUGCUGUCACCAGUGCCAUCACCAUCGCCGAACAAAACUUGAAUGUAACGAAGACACUAGAAAACACCUUUAGAACAUACUUUAAGAUAUCCAGCGCUGCUAUUUCUAUAGGAAGCAACUACUUAGUGAAUGUUGUUUGUGUCUUAGUAGGAUACAGUCUGUAUAAUUUCUAUUAGUACAUAGAUUAAUACCACGUUUUUAAAUAUGUGUGAUAUUUGCAAAAACAACAAAAGACAAUUUAACACAACA